AUGUCAGCAGAUCCUAAAAUACAGAAUGGAAAAUCUUACAUAAUGUGGAAACUUAUUAUAUUUGGUGCAAUGGGUGUUUGUAUAUCAUGGCUUGCUAUGCUUAUUGUAUUUGGUAAUUUUGUAGACAUUAAUCCAGAUUUAUAUGCGAGAACGUUUUUGGUCUGGAGGAAUAAAGGGGGAGAUGCUGCUAUGUUUGAAGGUAGAUACAAAGGAUAUAAAAGUCAUGAUUAUAAAGCAGAUAAAAAAUUUGAUGAAUUUCUUGAUUUUGCUCAAGAAAAAGACGGUUAUAUCAUUGCAGGGAAUUAUCCACUUCAUGCCCCAAGAGGACCAGAAAAGUUGUAUACACUGAUGGAUGACAAGGGCUUGGUUAAAGAACUUUGGAUUAUUGAAUUUAACAUUAAAUUCUUGUUAAAUAAAGAUAAGUUCGCUAAUAAAGAUGCGUAUAGAGAUUCUGCUAUUGAUGCUAUGAAAAAGAAAACGUACGAUCAGAAGUUUAAGUCACAGUGGUUUAUUAAUGAUAAAAACAUUGAUGAGAAAGAUAUUGUUGAAGCUUUUAGUGAUGGAGUUAAUUUAAAGUUGUGGGCGAAGAUAGUCAGCUCUUUCUAUGAAAUUCUUAACAAUUUGGUAGAAGGCAAAAAGUCUGACUAUAAGUUUAAAAAUGGCAAGGUUGAAGAUAAUCUCUUUGCAGACAUUAGGAAACUUUUUACUCCUUUAAAAUAUGAUGAUAAAAAACUAAGAGAGAAAGCUAAUAAUUUUUUUACUAAUAUGGGAACAGUUAAAGCUUCUCCAUAUGAGACUUUUACUUAUUCAAGGUUGUUUAAUCUCUUUACUUUUUUGACAAUUAAUCAUAAUUUCGAUUACAACACUAAGAUUGAUAAAGACAAUAAACCAAAGGAAAAAGAGUUGUAUUCUAAAGAGAAAGCCGAAAUAUUUGCUCAUAUUUUUGCCAAGGUUUAUGAAAAGCCCUUCACUUAUAGUCUUCCUAAUCCUACUUUUAAAGAUAGAUUAAGCCAAUGGUUUGGAACAAGCCAAAAUAUUUCUAAAAUUAAGGAUGUCAAACAGGAAAGCAAUAUAAAAAAAUCACUUGCUACAAUGAAACAAAAUGUUGAUGCUAUUAUGCAUGCAGCAACAAGUAAUCAAUAA